AUGAAUAUAAAAGAAAUUUCAAAUGAACUUCUUGAAGUAGUGAAGAUGAAAUCUACAACAAUUUUAUUAGUUUCAGCAAUUGUACUUUGCUUUGCUUUAGCAAGUUUGUCACAAUCCACAGUUCAAUAUUGUGAAUACUGCACUGAAGAGGAUCAAUGUGAUACCAGUGUCCCUUUGAAAUGUGUAAACCUCAAUACAACAGAGUGCACCUUGUUCACCGACCCAUGCGGCUUCAUACCCGAACCAUACUACGUCUAUAUCCACCCAGCCAUUCCCGAAGUCAAGAUUACCUUAUUCUUAGAUCAAGUUUGCCGCGAACCAAUUUCCGAACCAACCAAGUACACUUGUGGAGAUUGUGUAUCAGGUGGAUUCUUUAAUUGUUCAUCCAAGUUUGAAUAG